AUGCAGUUCUCCGCCAUUUUCGUUGCCACCUUUGCAGCUCUUACAAUUGCUGCUCCUACCGGACCAAAAGCCAAGCGUGCUGCUGUUCUGGCCACUCAAACUUACGAUGAGAUUUCUAUCUCAGGAGGCGUUGCUGGAGAUGCUGAGGCCGAGGCCAUCGCUGUUUUGACCAACAACGGAGCUCUGGACCUGAACGACCUGGCGAAUGUUGACCCUGCCGAUAUCGAAUUCUUGGGAUCAGUCAAUGACAUCGCCAACGACGCCGAGACCGAUGCCUUCAACGUCGCCAUUGAGGCCGCUACUGGUGACGAGAAAGUCGCUCUCCAGAACGGCAAGAUAAAGAACAAGGUUCUCAAGCUUGAGGCAACCGUCAUUGAGCUCCAAGCAAAGGCUGCUCAAGGAGAGGACACAGCCGAUAAGCUCGCUGAGGAGCAGAAGAAGUUGAACAACAACAUUGCUUUGGACACGAAGGCGGCCGGACAACCCAGCACCAAGUUGAGCUUCGACGCAAGCACCGCAUAA